UUGCAAACCUUAACAAUAUGACUAAUGCUGUUGCCUCACACAUUUUUUUUCUUCUUCUAGUGUAUAAAUGACAACACCAGAAAGCAGAACAUCCAAAGUUCCAAAGACUUGCCAUCAGAUAUUUUGGAAUUUCUGGCAAAAUCACCAAUGAUAUAUGACUCAGUGCUACCAGCAGGAAAUCGCCCCCAGAUGGUCUUCAAAAACAUGAAUUACACACAGAUUGCGAUUGACCAAGUCCAUGCCCUGGACAGCAGAACCUAUGACAUUAUCUUUAUAAGCACAGAUGAUGGACAUGUGCACAAAACAGUCGUUAUUGACAAUGAAUUGCAUAUUAUUGAGGAAAUUCAACUGCUCCCUAACCCUGAACCCAUUAAAGCACUGCUUUUAUCCUCUGGGCAGAAAAAGUCCCUGUAUGCAGGCUCAGAUGGAAGGCUUGUGCAGUCACCCGUUGAAUUCUGUGAAAAGCACCAGUCUUGUGUGGAUUGCAUUUUAACUAGGGAUCCAUACUGUGCUUGGAGCACCGACGCGAGCCUCUGUGUCAACCAGAUCACGCACAGAAAUGCAGGUGGCCUGAUUCAGAGGUUGAAUGGAGAUUUCAGUGUCUGCCCCCCAGGUAUGUAUCACUAA